UAUGUGUAUUUAGUAAUUGAAAUAUUGAAAUAUUCGAUGAAUUGUGGCACUAAAACCCUGAAAAUAAAAUCUGCCUAAUCGAAAACUCUUGAGCACCACCGCUCCUCCGCGGCGCGGCCUCCGUUUCCGAUGGACCCCUUAACCCUCCUCCGUGAAUACACCAUCAGCAACUCGCUCGACCGAAUCGUCCGAGUCAGCGACGAUUUCCGCUUCGGCUCCGACUACUCCUUCCCCGCCACCAUCGAGACCGCCUACCGCUCCAAGCACGUGCAGCAGACGCGCCGCUACACCCUCGAAACCCUAGUCCACUUCAUCACCAACCACCACCUCAAGCACACCGAAUACAUCCAGAACGCCCGCGCCCUCCGCAUCCCCGCCGUCACGCUCCCCGAUCGGAAGCCCCUCCUCGAUUACCUCACCGGAAAAGUCCAAUCCUCCGAUUCGAUUGUCCCCCUCGAUUUCCCCAACAUUAACCCCCAAAUUAGCAACGUCGAUCGCAGCUUGCAGUACGAGGCGGGCGAUGCCGUGGGUUUGGACAACGGGACUAGUUUGAUUGAGCUGAUUAGGGCCAAGGAGAAGCCGAUUAAGGAUAAGGAGGCAAUGCUGGUGUUCAAAAAACGCGAUUUCUACAGCGUGCUGACCUCGGCGUUGAAGAGGGACGAGGAGAGGCAGCGGACGGAGGCGCUGCAGAGGAAGGAUAACAUUGUGGCCAAAAAUCGAAUUGAGAGUAGAGGAUUUGGCGUAGGGGAGGAGGCGACGAAGAUGAGGAAGAUUGGGGAAGGUGUGCCGAUCAUUUUGGUCCCAAGUGCAUUUUCGACUCUGAUCACUAUAUAUAAUGUGAAGGAGUUUUUGGAAGAUGGAGUUUUUAUUCCCACUGAUGUGAAGCUGAAGCAGAUGAAAGGGGGGAAGCCUGAUUGCGUGACGGUGCAGAAGAAGUUCAGUAGGGAUCGCGUGGUGACGGCUUAUGAGGUGAGGGACAAGCCGUCUGCGCUGAAGAGCGAUGAUUGGGAUCGCGUGGUGGCUGUGUUUGUGCUUGGGAAGGAGUGGCAGUUCAAAGACUGGCCUUUUAAGGACCAUGUUGAGAUCUUCAACAAGAUUCUUGGGUUCUUCAUGCGCUUUGAGGAUGACAGUGUGGAAUCAGCAAAAGUUGUGAAGCAGUGGAAUGUCAAGAUUAUAUCGAUAAGCAAAAAUAAGCGACAUCAGGACAGAGCUGCAGCUCUCGAGGUGUGGGAUAAACUUGAAGAAUUUAUGCGAUCAAGAUCUCGUUAGAGUAAGUUAAAUUCGUUUGAUUCUUUUUUGUUUUUUCCAUUUCUCAUUCACAUGAAACCUAGUGCCACCAAAUAUAUGCUGAUGAGCUAUAAUGGAAGGCAUCAAAGCCUAUUACUUACACUACUAUUUAUGUUUUAUUUCCUUAAAUCUCAAAUAUACUGUAGUUAUUUGCUUCAGGCUGGAGCAUCUGGGGAAAUACUAUGCUGAACAGGGUAGCAGAAGAAAUUGCAUGAUUGUAGUCAUUUUUCUGUUGUUUCUUGAUUGCGAAAAUAGAGAAAUGGGGAGAUAGGGUCUGUUGACUGUGCCAUUACUGCUUUAUUAAUCCAAUUGAUUUUUGGUGGUGUUAGGGGCCAGGAGGUUGGAUAAUGAGGGCAACAUUAAGGACUAUCUGACUUGGAAGUAACAUUAUAUUCUUAGCUACAAGUUGAAGUAGUAGCAUAUGUCAAAAUUUCAUUAGAUAUGAUUAUCGAUUAUUAUCAACUCGUUUGCAUAAUAUUCAUCUCUGUGCUUGUUUCACAGCCCACAUUGUCUUCUUAAAUUCUGCUCUCAAAAUUCGCAUUAUCAUAUCGCGUUCACUCAUUGUCCCUGUGUCCCAGAAGGUUGGCAUUUUGCACCCAGUUUUCUGCUGUUGGAUCAUUAUGUAACCGUGAUGAUACAUGAAAAUAGGAUGAUGAGUAAAUUGUUUUGGUUCAACUAAUAUUUUCAUUGGCUAAGUUUGGGAAUUAAAUUGUAAUUGCAGAUGCAGAAGAGGAAACUAGAAAUCAACGGAGAUUAUGACUAACUCGUCCGAUGUGGGCAGCUUUCCUUGUGCUUGUGGAGGGAGAGCAAUGUGCAGUGGUGAGAGGUCGAGCUUGUAUAUUCACCAUGGUUGCCAUGUUCGUGUUGUAGAUGAACAUUGUAGCAUUUUUGGAAAUGAUAUCUUAAUGUUGUUUGAUUUGUAUGCCUUCUCCUUUUUAACAUAGCUUGUUAGUUUUUAGAUGUAGUUUGUAUAAAACUAGAUUCUUGCAAAUACUUGAUGGACUACAAUUAUCAUGAAA